CGGACUCAGACGUCAAUAGUGUCAGGACGCAAACAGAUGCCAAGACGACGGCGGCCAAAUGAAUCGCCCGAUCUCCAUCAUCUCCACAUGCUUAAAGAGUUGAUUUUCCGCUUACGACCAGAUUCCAGACUGCUCUAUACCUAAUAAUUCUAAACCCACUAGUGGCGUGCCUAGCGUUAGUUCAAUCCAGCCAAAUGAACGAUCUGAGCGUUAAUUCCAAGUCCGCAUUCGUAGUUGCCGGAAAGCCGUACACAAAACCAGAAAAGCCGAACAUAAAUUUUAUCUGAAAUUUAUCGGUCGAACAAAUUCACCCGCCAGACUCGGCCGUGCAAAUGUCUCCACACCCGAAGCUUCAGCCGCUAUAUACUCGUCAUAGCAGAAUAACUUUCAAAAUCAUAUUUAUUUUGCCUCCAUUUCACUCCAUGCGUAAUAUCGUCUAGCACUUCGAUUCAAAAAUGUUAGCUCUCAACACCCCUUCAUACGGGCCGCCGUCUGGGUAUCAGGUUUCUGAGCUCCCCAAACCAGAACUUGACAACGCGAACUAUGUAAUUAUCAAAGUUCAAGCUGCCAGCAUUAAUCCUAUCGACGUGAAAAAGGCUUCUGGUGUGCUCAAGCUUGCUACGAAAGAUUCAUUUCCAUAUAAAAUUGGUUACGAUUGCGCGGGUAUAGUGACAGAGACAGGUCGUGGCGUAACGCAGUUUAAAGUCGGGGAUGAAGUGUAUACAAGGCUGCCGGAGUACUGUCGCGGAUCAUGCGCUGAAUUCGUGAAAUGCCCAGAGCAUUUUGUUGGUCUCAAGCCACCUUCAUUAUCCUGGGAGGAGGCUGCAUCUGUUCCCCUGGCGGCCAUGACAGCCCUACAGGCACUGAGGAAAUACGAUGGUGACCUUGCGGGGAAGACCGUCUUUAUACCAGCUGGCCUGAGUGGAACAGGUUUAUUCGCUUGCCAGCUGGCGAAACAUGUAUUCCGAGCCGGUAAGGUGAUUACAACUGUAUCGACGUCAAAAGUACCAAAAGUGCCGGAGCUCCUGGGCGAGGGAACCGUAGAUGAGAUUAUCGAUUACACCAAGACUGAUCCAAAAUCAGUCAUUCAAUCCGGGUCUGUCGACUUUCUGUUCGAUACCGUUGGUCAAGCGAUGGACUUCCUCGUCCUGAUGCGACCUAAAACCAGUCGUAUUGUGUCUGUAGCUACAUUGCCGUCGGGAGAUCAGCUCCAGGCUUCUUCACUGAUGGAGCUCCCUCACAAGCCCACUGUCCCGCUACUAUUUCGACUAACAUUAAAUGCUCUUGAUUAUGUUCGCCAGCUGCGUGCGCGACGAUAUGGGACACAUUAUUCGUAUUUUUUCUUGGUGUCCUCCGGCGAUGAUCUGGAUCAAUUACGGAAAUAUGUUGAGGAGGGUAAGCUGAAAACAGUUGUGGGAACGAGUGUGGACCUUCGCGACAGCCAGGCGGUUCGCAAUGCUUGUCAAGUCGUAUACAGUGGCAAGGGCGGCCUAGGUAAAUUGGUGAUCAAGGUAGCCGGUGUGUAAGAUCAAAAUUUGUGUAUAAUUUUACCACAAUUGUAUAGCUAGUAUAUUUGAUUAAUUUUAUUUCAAGUUCCAGUACAUAUAGAUGCGUAGCGCUGACAUUUU